GGGCCUGAUAGUGCUGAACAGCAACACCAGCUACUACCUGAAACCCCUGGGGACCCCCGAGCCGGGCCACCACCUCAUCCACCGAGCAGAACACUUGACCAUCGCGGAUGGGACCUGCGGCCACGGCGAUGGUUUGGGGAGCACCAUCGCUGACAUCGUUUCGCGCUUCCAGCCGGUGCACCACCAGGAGAAGAGAGAUGCCUGGAGAACCAUGAAGUACAUGGAGCUCUUCAUUGUUGCCGAUCACACGCUGUACAGGAACCAGAACCUCAACCUGGGUCACACCAAGCAACGCAUCGUGGAGAUUGCAAACUACGUGGACAAGUUUUACAGGUCACUGAAUAUCAAGGUGGCCCUGAUCGGCCUGGAGGUGUGGACGGAGCGGGACCAGUGCUCCGUGACCAGCGAUGCCAACGCCACGCUCUGGUCCUUCCUGCAGUGGAAAAAGACGCUGAGGUCACGCAAGAAACACGACAAUGCCCAGCUGCUGACAGGGAAGACGUUCAGGGGGACAACCAUCGGCAUGGCCCCGCUGGAAGGGAUGUGCAGCUCCGAUAACUCCGGAGGUGUCAGCGUGGACCACUCGGAGCAGCCCAUCGGAGCAGCCGCCACCAUGGCCCACGAAAUCGGCCACAAUUUCGGCAUGAGCCACGACAGCUCGGGCUGCUGCGUGGAGGCUACCCCGGAGCAAGGUGGCUGUGUCAUGGCAGCAGCCACCGGACACCCCUUCCCUCGCGUCUUCAGCUCCUGCAGCAAGAGGCAGCUGGAGAAUUACUUCCAGAAGGGAGGUGGCAUGUGUCUCUUCAACCUGCCCGACACCAAGGACCUGGUGGUGGGACGGAAAUGUGGCAACGGCUUUCUGGAGGAAGGAGAAGAUUGUGACUGCGGGGAGGUGGAG